GGAAGAAGAGAAAGCAUAGCUUGGGGGGAUUGAACGGAGCAGGGCAUGUGGAUAUUGGCUUUUAUCUUUUUCCAGAGCAUCUUGAAUGUUUUCAGUGAGGACCUACAUUCCAGCUUAUAUUUUGUCAAUGCAUCUUUGCAAGAGGUAGUAUUUGCCAGCACCACAGGGACCUCGGUGCCCUGUCCUGCUGGGGGUGCGCCGCCUGCCUCGCUGCGGUGGUAUUUGGCUACCGGCGAGGAGAUCUACGAUGUCCCCGGCAUCCGCCACGUCCACCCAAAUGGAACCCUCCAGAUCUUCAACUUCCUGCCAUCCAGCUUCAGCAAGCUGAUCCACGACAACACGUACUACUGCACUGCCGAGAACCCUUCUGGCAAGAUUAGGAGUCAGGAUGUCCACAUCAAAGCUGUUUCACGGGAACCCUACACAGUCAGAGUGGCUGACCAGAAGGCUAUGAGAGGCAGUGUAGCCGUCUUCAAGUGCAUUAUCCCUGCUUCUGUCGAGGCCUACGUCACUGUUGUAUCAUGGGAGAAAGACACCGUUUCACUCAGCUCAGGACAAAGAUAUCUCAUCACAUCCACGGGAGCCUUGUAUAUUGUGGAUGUCCUGCCUGAAGAUGGGCUGAAUAACUAUCGCUGCACCACACGCCAUCGUUACACCGGUGAGACUCGCCAGAGCAACAGCGCGCGUCUCAUUGUGUCAGACCCCACCAAUGCUGAGCCAGGCAUCUUGGACGGCUUUGACCACCGAGAGGUGAUGAUUAAUCAUCGGGUGGAGCUGCCCUGUAAGGCUUCAGGCUACCCUUCGCCCAAAUACCGCUGGCUGAAGGACAACAGCCCUUUGGAGCCUGACAGUCGCUUUCGCCAGACCGUCACAGGGUUGCUGAUAGAGAGCACGCAGCCCAGUGACUCUGGAACAUAUGUCUGUGAAGUAUGGAACAGUUAUGGCAACGCUGAGGUCAUGGGCCGCCUGUACGUCAAACAGCCCUUGAAAGCAGUGGUCAGCCCUCGCAAGGUGAAAGGCAGCGUGGGUAGCAAGGUGUCUCUGUCCUGUAGCGUGAGUGGCUCAGAUGAGUAUGAGCUGUCAUGGUAUCGCAAUGGAGAGAUCAUCUACCCCGGCAACAAUGUUCGUUUCACUGGGCUGAAUCGGGAGAACCUCAUCAUGGAGGGAAUGUCGAAAAGUGAUGGCGGAGCUUACCAGUGCUUCGCCAGGAAGGGCAAGAUGUCCGCACAGGACUUUGUGCAGGUUAUUCUUGAAGAUGGUACUCCGAAAAUCUUGUCGUCCUUCAGCGAGAAGGUGGUGAACCCAAAUGAGCCCGUCUUCCUGGUCUGCAACGUCAAGGGCACGCCGCCUCCCAGGUGCAGCUGGUCGCUGGACGACGACCCUGUCAUCAAAGACAGCCACCACCACCUGGGCCACUACGAGACCCACGAGGGCCACGUGGUCAGCCAGCUCAACGUCACACACACCCAGGUGCAAGACGGCGGGGUGUACCGGUGCACGUGCAGCAACUCGGCCGGGGUCGUGUACCACCAGGCUCGAAUAAACGUAAGAGGCCGUGCCAGCAUUCGUCCAAUGAAAAACAUCACAGCAAUUGCUGGACGGGAUGCCUUCGUUCACUGCCGUGUGAUCGGCUACCCUUACUACUCCAUUAAGUGGUACAAGAACUCCGCGCUGCUACCAUUUAACCACCGACAGCGAGCAUUUGAGAACAACGGCACACUGAAGCUGACCAAUGUGCAGCAGGGAGAUGCUGGCGAGUAUAACUGCAAGGUGAUGGUCCAGCCAAACAAGAUGGAUUCCCAGAGCGUCCAUGUUCGCGUGAGAGUCCCUCCCUACAUUCAGCCCUUUGAGUUUCAACGGUUCACCAUCGGUCAACGUGUCUUCAUACCAUGCGUGGUCAUGUCAGGCGACCGGCCCUUGGACAUCACAUGGCAGAAAGAUGGACGGCCAAUCCCCGUCAGCCUGGGUGUCACUGUGGACAACAUUGACUUUACCAGCUCCCUGCGAAUCUCCAACCUAACGCCUGACCACAACGGCAACUACACCUGCAUCGCCCGCAACGAGGCUGCUGCUGUAGAGCACCAGAGUCAGCUUAUUGUUAGAGUUCCUCCUCAGUUUGUGGUUCAGCCUGAGGAUCAAGAUGGGAUCUAUGGGAAAACUGUGACUCUGAACUGCUCCGCUGAAGGCUAUCCCCCUCCGACCAUUGUUUGGGAACACUCCAAAGGUGCGGGCGUCCCCCAGUUUCAGCCCAUCCUUCUGAACAGUGGCUCUCGUAUCCAGCUGCUGAGCAACGGUUCACUGCUUAUCAAACAUGUGCUGGAGGAUGACAGCGGGUUCUACCUGUGUAAGGUCAGCAACGACGUGGGAGCUGAUGUCAGCAAGUCCAUGUACCUCACCGUCAAAAUCCCUGCCAUGAUCACCUCCUACCCCAACACCACUCUGGCCACACAGGGUGAGGAGAAGAGGAUGAGCUGCAUAGCUCAUGGGGAGAAACCCAUCAUGGUGCGCUGGGAGAAAGAAGAGCGCAUCAUCAACCCUGAGACCAGCCGAUAUGUGGUCACUGUCAAAGAGGUGGCAGACGAAGUCAUCUCUACACUGGUGAUUAUGCCUACUGUUCGUGAGGAUUCUGGGUUCUUCUCCUGUCAUGCCAUCAACUCCUUCGGCGAGGACCGAGGCAUCAUACAGCUGACAGUGCAAGAACCACCCGACCCUCCAGAGGUGGAGAUACGGGAGGUUAAAGAUCGAACCAUAGCUCUCCGCUGGACCAUGGGUUUCGAUGGCAACAGCCCCAUCACAGGAUAUGAUAUUGAGUGCAAGAACAAAUCAGCUUCAUGGCUAUCAGCCCAGGUAACCAAAGAUGUGUCACCGCAGCUCAACCAGGCCACUAUCAUUGACCUCCAUCCUUCUUCCACUUAUAACAUCCGCAUGGUUGCGAAGAACAUUAUUGGCAACAGCAACCCCAGCAACGAGCUCACCAUCACUACUGAUGAAGCAGCUCCUGAUGGCCCUCCACAAGAUGUCACUCUGGAGCCCACCUCCCCACAGAGCAUCAAAGUUGGCUGGAAGCCUCCCCAGAAGCACCUUCAGAACGGUGUGAUCCGUGGCUACCAGGUGGGCUACAGAGAGUACAGCCCAGGUGGGAGCCACCAGUUCACUAUUAUUAGCGUGGACACCACAGGAGACACCACAGAGAGCAUCGUACUUGACAACCUGAAGAAAUUCACUCAGUACAGCGUAGUGGUGCAGGCUGCAAACAGAGCAGGCACUGGGCCGUCUUCACAGCAGGUGGUCACCAAGACUCUGGAGGACGUGCCGUCUCGACCUCCUGAAAAUGUCCUGGCAGUGGCCAAAUCUCCAGAGGUCAUCUCUCUCUCCUGGAUGCCUCUGCCCAGAGAGGCUCUCAAUGGAAACCUGCAGGGCUACAGAGUCAUCUACUGGGCCAACCUGCCUGAUGGAGAACUGGGAGAAAUUAGAAAUGUGACCACCAAUCAGCCAUCUCUGGAGCUGGAUGGGUUGGAGAAGUACACCAACUACAGCAUCCAGGUCUUAGCCUUUACAAAUGCUGGAGAUGGCGUCCGUAGUGAACAGAUCUACGUCCGCACAAAAGAGGACGUUCCUGGUCCUCCAGCAGGAGUGAAGGCUGCGGCCUCCAGCAGUUCUGUGGUGUUUGUCUCCUGGCUGCCUCCGCUCAAACUCAACGGCAUCAUCAGGAAAUACAUCGUCUUCUGCUCUAACCUGCAUCCGAUGGUGAUGAGCGAGUUUGAGGCAGCUCCAGACAUGUAUUUCUACAGGAUCCCAAACUUGGCUCGGAACAGACAGUACAGCAUCUGGGUGGUGGCUGUGACUGCUGCAGGUCACGGCAACAACAGUGAGAAGAUUACAGUAGAGCCUCUGGCCAAAGCUCCAGCCAGGAUCCUGACAUUCAAUGGGACAGUCACCACUCCCUGGAUGAAAGACAUUGUUUUACCAUGCAAGGCUGUUGGAGACCCUCCUCCUACCAUCAAGUGGCUCAAGGGAAACACCAAUGGGACUCCUACGCCUGUCCUGGUGGAUGGUCGUCGUAGUGUACAUAGCAACGGCAGCUUCAUCAUCCGCACAGUGAAAGCAGAGGAUUCUGGGAACUACAGCUGUGUUGCCAGCAACAACUGGGGGUCAGAUGAGAUCACGCUUAACCUGCAGGUCCAAGUCCCUCCUGACCAGCCACGCCUCACAGUUACCAAGACGACCACCACAUCAAUCACAUUGUCAUGGAUACCUGGAGACAACGGAGGGAGCUCCAUCAGAGGCUACAUCCUGCAGUACUCAGAAGACAACAGUGAGCAGUGGGGCAGUUUUCCCAUCAGCCCCAGUGAGCGAUCAUACCGUCUGGAGAACCUGAAGUGCGGCACGUGGUACAAAUUCACCCUGACGGCCCAGAAUGCAGUGGGGCCAGGGCGCAUCAGUGAGAUCAUUGAAGCUAAGACCCAUGGGAAAGAACCCCAAUUUGCCAAAGAACACGAACUCUUCACCAGCAUCAACUCCACCAGGGCCAGGCUCAACCUGGUCGGCUGGAACAACGGUGGCUGUCCAAUCACCUCCUUCAUACUGGAGUACCGAGCCGUGGACUCAGCCACCUGGACCACAGCCCAGCGCACUUCGCUGACCAAGAGCUACAUACUGUACGACUUGCAGGAGGCGACCUGGUAUGAACUGCAGAUGAAGGUCACCAACAGCGCCGGCUCAGCAGAAAAGAGGAUCACCUUUGCCACACUCAAUGCUGACGGAAGUACCAUCCCUCCCCUGCUGAAAACAGGAGAUCCCAUCUCAGACAACAUGUCAGGCAGCGGAGGUCUGAAGAUGGUGGUGACCAUCACCUCUAUUCUUGUGGUCGCUGUUCUGGUUUUUAUUAUGCUUAUGGUGCUAAAGAGGAGAAGGAGGGAGCAGAGACUCAAGAGACUCAGAGAUGCCAAAAGCCUGGCAGAAAUGCUGAUGAGUAAAAACACGCGGACGCCAGACACAGUGAACAAACAGCAGCAGACACUAAGAAUGCACAUCGACAUCCCCAGAGCCCAGCUCCUCAUCGAGGAGAGGGACACCAUGGAGACAAUCGAUGACAGGUCCACUGUGCUGUUGACAGACAAUGACUUUGGAGAGACUAAUAAGCAGAAGUCGUCCACAGUGACCCACACAGUCCACUACCAGUCUUUGUCCCAGGCCACUGGGCCACUGGUGGACGUGUCCGAUGCUAGGCCUGGAACCAAUCCCACUGCCAGACGCACUGCCAAAGCUGGUCCUGCCGCAGCACGGAGCCGCUACGCCAGCCAGUGGACUCUGAACCGGCCGCACCCCACCAGCUCCUCACACACCCUGACCACUGACUGGAGGCUGCCCACACCACGUGCCACUGGAUCUGUGGACAAAGAGAGCGACAGCUACAGUGUCAGCCCCUCACAGGAUACAGAUCGUGCACGGAGUAGCAUGGUAUCGACAGAGAGCGCGUCCUCCACCUACGAGGAGCUGGCCCGAGCCUACGAGCACGCCAAGAUGGAAGAGCAGCUCCGCCACGCUAAGUUCACCAUCACCGAGUGCUUCAUCUCGGACACCUCAUCCGAACAGAUGACUGCAGGGACCAAUGAUUACACUGACAGCCUGACCUCCAGCACGCCGUCUGAGUCGGGCAUCUGCCGCUUUACCGCUUCACCACCCAAACCUCAGGAUGUCAGCAGGGUCAUGAACAUGGCCGUGCCCAAGGCGCACAGACCUGGAGAGUUGGUCCACUUGCCGCCUUACCUUCGUAUGGACUUCCUGUUGAACCGCGGCGUGCCUCUGCCAGCCCGAGGUGGAGGGGUCAGCAGCAGUAGAGCCAUGGGCCAGACCUGCCUGGAGCCCCAGAGGAGCCGUACCCUGAAGAGGCCACCUCCCAUGGAGCCCACCCCAAUGGAAGUGCCCUCACCCAGGGAGGUGCAGCAGUGGCAGCCAGGAACUGCCUCCACCCUCCCCCACAGGGAUGUCCGGGAAAGGGGAGAGGCUGCCAAGCUCAGCACCUCCCAGGAGUCACUGCUGGACUCCAGAGGACACCUGAAACAGAGCAACAACCCCUAUGCCAAGUCCUACACUCUGGUAUAACACUGGGACACACCGGACUGCUUCAGACAACAGGACUACUGCAGACACACUGGAGGAGGAAGGACAAGAGACAGACGACAGGCACAGGAUGGACAGUUUUCCACAACAGAAAUUGUUGUAUAUAGAGCCGUUUCUGACAUGCGUCUGAAGUGGAUGCUUUUCUUUGAGUCUGUCUUUCUUUCUUUCACUCUUUUCUUU